AUGGCAUUUGGGCAGCAGCGUACGCACGGGCGCCGUGGGCGUCCACCGAAGGAUCCAAGUGCUCGUGCGGCAGCACAACGCGCAUCUUUACCUCUGGAGGAGCCGAGUAGCUCCAGCAUGCAUGCACUGUCGCCCUCUGCGACCGGCAUGGCGCCCCUCCCAUCCGGCCACGCGUCGAAAAUGCGCAGGCUGAACGAAACAGAUGCCCAGUCAUCUGUGGAAGAAUUCGAAACGCUCCUACAAGAUAUGCGCAUGCGAUACGAGAAGAGCAUCGACGAGCGUGUCCAGCAGGCCAUUCAGGAGCGCGAUGCUAUACAGGCGCAGUUUGACCGGCUCAAAGACCUGCGCAUGACCCAGAGCGAGAAAACGCUCGUGGAAUGGAAAAAGGCAAGUGAGACGCGGCACCGCCAUGUGCUUGAGUCCCUCGCUUCAUGGAAGAAUCGCGCCGAACAUGCCGAGCACCGCGUGAAGGAGCUGGAGCGUACCACGCCCAAGGGCUCAGAGCCUGAGCCUCGAGCCACGCAGCUCGAGCAAGACGUGUCCAAUCUCACUGAGCAGCUCGCUCGAGUGCAGCGUGCGCUGGGCGAUGAGCAGGCACGGCGUGCCGAUCUUGAGGAGCAGAUGCACGCCUACACCGCGAAUGAAGACGAACGGGCUAUUCGGCGCAUGUACGAAGACCUCACUGGCUUCAUGGUACGCCAAGUCGAUUUGCCUCAUCCAGAAGAGGCGCACCGGCGUUAUCAUAUCGUUUUCGCCGGCGCCGACUUUUACGAUUUUCAAUUCUCGCUCGAAGAAUCAAAGCUGCAUGUAUCAUCCAGCGAUGGUGGUCAAGUGGUGCGCGAUGACUUUGUGUAUAUGCCGCAUAUCAACCAUGCACGCGAUGCCCACCUAUUGGCAUCAGGCCAUAUGCCGGAUCACUUUUUGGAGCAGAUCCGCUUCGAACGCGGCGCUGCGACCAAGUUCCUCAUGGCCCUCCACCGGAGUCUAAAAAAGUGA